CACGCCAACAUGGAUUUCCUCAAGGUUCUCUCGCGCGGCACCAGCCUUUCAAAAGGCGCAUCAAAAAACGCACCCGCGCAACAACUGCCCUCGAGCGGCGGACCUUCGAACCCUCAGCUCUUCGGACACGAUGCGACGCAAGCCAAGACGCCCGAAGACGCGAGCUCAAACCCGUCCAAGAACAAGAAGCGCAAGCGAGGACAACAGCAGGCCGCGCCGCAAUCUGCGGACCUUCCCCCCGAGCUUGACUUCUUUGGCGACGGCGCCCGCGACAAACAUGAGGGUGUGAGCUUGGCUACCGAUGCGACCAAGAAGACUCUUGCCGAGGAGUCCGCGAAAGAGGUUGCGCAGGAUGCGGAUGGCGCCGCACAGCCGCUGGACGAAGAGGAAUGCAAGCGCAUCCUGCGGACGCACAAGAUCAAGAUCACGCUGCUGGAGGAUCGCAAGGCGAAAGAGGAGGAGCGCAAGUCGAAGAAGCGCAAGAAGUCCAAGGCGAAGGAGGCGCCUCAGAAAAAGACCAAGGUGCAGCUGUUCCCGCAGCCUCUCACUUCGUUCAAGAAGCUGCGUGGUCAAUUUGGUGUCUCUAAGAAGCUGUCGGACAAUAUCAACGCUCAAGGUUAUUCGGUUCCCACCGAAGUGCAACUGGCCAGCUUGCCUUUGCUGCUUGAUGAUGCUGGCCCUGAGGGUACGGGCAUCGAUCUCCUCACAGUCGCACCUACGGGCAGCGGCAAGACGCUGGCAUUUCUCAUUCCCGUUGUAAACGCAUUGUUGAAAAAGCGCAAAGAUGGUGCAGCAGAGAAAGGUGUUCAGACCAUCAUCCUCGCUCCGACCAAGGAAUUGGCGAGCCAAAUUGUCAACGAAGGACGGAAACUUGCUCUCAAGACGGGCAUCAAGGUUUCGCUCAUGAAGAAGGGCAUGGAAGUCUUGGACCAAGCGGCCGAAGACGACGCAGAGGAAGAGCAGGCCGACGAGUCUUCAGAGUCUGAAAAUGACGGCGAAAGCGACAGCGGUUCGGACACUAAGAAACCGAGCAAGAAGCGCAAGCGGGGUCAAUUGGUCAAAUCGGAGAUUCUGGUUACGACACCUCUCACUCUAGUUCACGCACUCCAAGGAUCAAACGGAAAGGUCGGAGCUUUGCCGACCGUCAAGUAUUUGAUUCUGGAUGAAGCAGACGUUCUUCUGGACCCCCUUUUCCGCGAGCAAACGCUCGACAUUUGGAAUGCAUGCGGCAACCCGCAGUUGAGGGUAAGCCUGUGGUCUGCGACCAUGGGAUCCAACAUCGAGGAGCUCGCCACGUCCACCAUCGACAAGCGCUGGGAGGCUCUGGAAGACAGCACGGGCGUCACGCGGCCGGAUCUGGUCCGCCUCGUCGUCGGCCUCAAGGACUCCGCCGUGCCCAACGUGCACCAUCAGCUCACGUACGCAGCCACCGAGCAAGGCAAGCUCCUCGCGGUGCGCCAGCUGCUGCACCCCACGGCGCCCACGAGCCGAGACAACACGCCGACGCUGCGGCCGCCGUUCCUCAUCUUCACGCAGACGAUUCCGCGCGCACAAGCCCUCUUCUCGGAGCUGCAAUACGACAUCCCGCCGGAAGCGGGCGGGUCGACGCGCAUCGCGGUGCUGCACUCGUCGCUGUCGUCGAGCCUGCGCGACAACGUCAUGGCGCGGUUCCGCAAGGGCGAGGUGUGGGUGCUCAUAACGACGGACCUGCUAAGCCGGGGCGUCGACUUCCGCGGCAUCAACGGCGUCGUCAACUACGACGCGCCGACGUCGGGGGCGGCGUACAUCCAUCGGGUGGGGCGGACGGGGCGGGCGGGCCGCGCCGGCGGCGUCGCCGUCACGCUGUACACCGAGGAGGACGUGCCGUACAUCAAGAACAUUGCGAACAUUAUCCGCGCGAGCGAGCAGCUGAGCGGCAAGCCCGAGAGCGAGGCUACCGUCCAGCAGUGGCUGCUCGAUGCCCUGCCCACGCCGAGCAAGCGCGACAAGCAGCGCUUGAAGAAGCGCGGUGUGGAGGCAAGGAGGGCGGGCGUCGUGGGCAAUGAGGAGGGAAGGGGCAAGCUCAAGACGCGGAUUUCGACCAAGAGCGGCUUUGAGCGCAGGGUCGAGAAUAAUAGAAAGGGUGCGGUGGAGGGGAGUCGGCGGCGCAAGGAGACGGGGGGAGCGGAGAAGCGCGUGCAGAGGAAGGAGGAGGCUAGUGAUGGGGAGUUUGGCGGGUUUGAGGAUUAGAGUGGUGUGGUGGAGGAUAUAAAGCUGAUAUUGAAGCAAUGUGAAUACGAAAAAGCAUUUGCGCUGCUAUCGACGAGUCCCAAGUGUUCAACUCCCGCUCACGUACUUCUGAAAUCCACCAUCAAGAAAUCCUACAACCUUUGCAGUUUACCAACACAUCACACACACACACAACAUCCAAACAUACAUGCAAACAAACAGCACGCACCUCAGGCUCUACGCUCCAUCGCGACCAGUAUACCUCACCCCCGCACUUACAC